CUCUCCCUCUAAACCCCCAGGCUUAGGAAACCACAGUAAAAAUAAAAUCCUUCCAUUCAGAACCUGUGGUGUUCUGCUAAGAAAAUUUUCUGUGAAUGUAAUUUAUUUUCUGUUUUGCCUUUCAGUAUCUGACCCUCCAUUCCUCAUCUACAACAUGAGAAGUUUUGGACUAGAUUUAAAAAUAUCUAAAAAAGUUCUAUGAUUCAUAUGGAAGAAGAGGAAGCCAGAGGUUGUGAUCACAAAUGUUUGGUGGUUGAUUCUGAAUUUAGAAGCAAAUUGUGGCUGUUCUGCUUCCCAGUUGAAUUUGACCAUAGCAUGGAUUUCACAUCUGGGGUGAUUUGUUACCACCUCCAGAGCUUGCUUCUGGUAUUCUCAAAGAUUGCAGGAGCAUUUCUUUCAUAUAAUUAUGAAAGACGCUUGACUUAUUUUGGGGGUAAUACUUUAUCAUUCCUUAUUGGCUGAAAAAUCUAAUGCUAAUAAAAGCUACUAGCUUGGAUAAUCCAAAAGCAAACCCAGUAGACAUGUAGAAGUAAAUUUGUUUUUUCAUUCCAUGUAGCACUCUGUCAACACUGAGGCUCUUUUCUUCUUCCUGGCUGUCUGUGUCUCUGUUUGAAAAUAGAUGGUCAGCUCACCAUUAGUAUACCCAACCCUGUGCUUGUUAGAAUAUGACAUGUGAUUAAUUGGCUUGAUUUCUUUUCAUCAGAAGAGAAUGAUUUGUACCUUUGUUCCUUCUAGGGUUUAUGAGUUUUCUUUCUUUUAUGUUUGCUUUUGUUGAAAGUUUUGUUCUUUUCCUCCUGUAUGUUCUAAAACAACUAAGUUCUAAUAUUAUACUUGAGCCAGUUUACAAGUCUGGUAGAACAGUAAGAUCACCCUGAAGGACCAAGAGAAAUUGAACUGGGAUGGAAAAUUUUAAUUAACUUUAAUACUUCCUAGACAAGGUAGAUAAAUGCUUAUCUGGUACGUUCUUGUCAUAAUACUGGAUUCAAAACGUUGAUCUGUUGUAUACAUAAUCUAAAAGAGGUAUCUCAGUAACCAGGUUUGAGUCCUGCUCUGCUGCUUCAAAACAAGUCACUUCACUUCUCUGACCUUUAUGGUUCUGUUCUUUAAGCUUGAGAAGCAGCUCUUAGGAUUGUGUGGAGGAUCAGAUGAGAAGUUCUGUCAGAAUGUUAAAUGUAAACUAGCAUGUCGAUGUCAUUCGUUUAGACACUGACUGAACCAGCUACUGUGUACAAAGUGCUGCGCUCUUCUUUGCCCCCUAGAAGCUUGAAUCUAGUUGGCGUCCAGGUCUGUGCACAAACAACGUUAAACAUUAAGGAUAUUGACAUUGGUGCUGUCUCAAGAGUUUGGGUGUUCAGAGAUGGCUUGCUGGGAAUUUGGAAGAAGCCAUAACCACUACAGUGCAGUGGCCUAGCAAGGCCUCCUGGAUGAAGAGAGGAAGAUCUGUAAAGGCAUGGAGCAUGUGUUUGAUGAUCUCAGUGGCUCUGUGUCCUUGUCUUGGGUUGGAGAUAGCACUGGGGUGAUUCUCGUCUUGACUACCUUCCAUGUACCACUGGUAAUUAUGACUUUUGGACAGUCCAAGCUGUAUCGAAGUGAAGAUUAUGGAAAGAACUUUAAGGAUAUUACAAAUCUCAUCAAUAACACCUUCAUUCGGACUGAAUUUGGCAUGGCUAUUGGUCCUGAGAACUCUGGAAAGGUGAUUUUAACAGCAGAGGUGUCUGGAGGAAGUCAUGGAGGAAGAAUCUUCAGGUCAUCAGAUUUUGCAAAGAACUUUGUUCAGACAGAUCUCCCUUUUCAUCCUUUGACUCAGAUGAUGUAUAGCCCUCAGAAUUCUGAUUAUCUCUUAGCCCUCGGUACUGAAAAUGGCCUGUGGGUGUCCAAGAAUUUUGGGGGAAAAUGGGAAGAAAUCCACAAAGCAGUAUGUUUGGCCAAAUGGGGAUCAGAAAACACUAUCUUCUUUACCACCUAUGUGAAUGGCUCCUGCAAAGCUGACCUUGGGGCACUGGAAUUAUGGAGAACUUCAGACUUGGGAAAAAGCUUCAAAACCAUUGGUGUGAAAAUCUACUCAUUUGGUCUUGGGGGACGUUUCCUUUUUGCCUCUGUGAUGGCUGAUAAGGAUGCAACAAGAAGGAUCCAUGUGUCAACAGAUCAAGGGGACACCUGGAGCAUGGCCCAACUCCCUUCUGUGGGACAGGAACAAUUCUAUUCUAUUCUGGCAGCUAAUGAUGACAUGGUGUUCAUGCACGUAGAUGAACCGGGGGAUACUGGAUUUGGCACAGUCUUUACCUCAGAUGAUCGAGGCAUUGUCUAUUCCAAGUCCUUGGACCGACAUCUCUACACUACUACAGGCGGGGAGACAGACUUUACCAAUGUGACCUCCCUCCGUGGGGUCUACAUAACAAGUGUGCUUUCUGAAGAUAAUUCUAUCCAGACUAUGAUCACUUUUGACCAAGGUGGAAGGUGGACGCACCUGAGGAAGCCUGAAAACAGUGAAUGUGACGCUACAGCAAAAAAUAAGAAUGAGUGCAGUCUUCAUAUUCACGCUUCCUACAGCAUCUCCCAGAAGCUAAACGUUCCAAUGGCCCCACUCUCAGAGCCUAAUGCCAUAGGCAUAGUCAUCGCUCAUGGUAGCGUGGGGGAUGCCAUCUCAGUUAUGGUCCCUGAUGUGUACAUCUCAGAUGAUGGGGGCUACUCCUGGGCGAAGAUGCUGGAAGGACCCCACUAUUACACCAUCCUGGAUUCCGGAGGCAUCAUUGUGGCCAUUGAGCACAGCAGCCAUCCUAUCAAUGUGAUUAAGUUCUCCACAGAUGAAGGUCAGUGCUGGCAAACCUACACGUUCACCAGGGAGCCCAUUUACUUCACUGGCCUAGCUUCAGAACCCGGAGCCAGGUCCAUGAACAUCAGCAUUUGGGGCUUCACAGAAUCUUUCCUCACCCGCCAAUGGGUCUCCUACACUAUCGAUUUUAAAGAUAUCCUUGAAAGGAAUUGUGAAGAGAAGGACUAUACCGUAUGGCUGGCUCACUCCACAGACCCUGGAGAGUAUGAAGAUGGCUGCAUUUUAGGCUAUAAAGAACAGUAUCUGCGGCUACGCAAGUCGUCCGUCUGUCAGAAUGGUCGAGACUAUGUUGUGACCAAGCAGCCAUCCAUCUGUCUCUGUACCCUGGAGGACUUCCUCUGUGAUUUUGGCUACUUCCGUCCAGAAAAUGAUUCAAAGUGUGUGGAACAGCCAGAACUGAAGGGCCACGACCUGGAGUUUUGUCUGUAUGGGAGAGAAGAGCACCUGACAACAAAUGGAUACCGGAAAAUUCCAGGAGACAGAUGCCAAGGUGGGGUGAAUCCAAUUCGAGAAGUAAAAGACUUGAAAAAGAAAUGCACAAGCAACUUUUUUAGUCCAGAAAAGCAGAAUUCCAAGUCAAAUUCUGUUCCAAUUAUCCUGGCCAUUGUGGGAUUGAUGCUGGUCACAGUCGUAGCAGGAGUGCUUAUUGUGAAGAAAUAUGUCUGUGGGGGAAGGUUCCUGGUGCAUCGCUACUCUGUGCUGCAGCAGCACGCAGAGGCCAACGGAGUAGAUGGCGGGGAUGCAUUGGACCCAGCCUGCCGCAGCCAUAAAAGUGGUUAUCAUGACGACUCAGAUGAGGACCUCCUGGAAUAGCUCUUCACAGGAGCUGGGACCAAGCAUGAAUGAUGGAACCGCAGUACCUCUUACACUUCCUGUGGCUCCGACUUGGGGAAAUAAAUUUCCCCUUGCGAGGGACCCAGCUCUGUUUCUGCUGCUUCCAUCAAAGCCAAAAGGACCACCUACACUAAAGAAAUGCAGGGUGGGGUGGAGAACUCUAAAUGCUCUUACAAUUGGCUCUGAGAAGAGGAGGGAAAUCUUUAAAUUGUUUAACUUUAAUGUUCUCUUUUUUUUUUUUAAGGGAAUUGGGAGGGGAUUUGAAGGGAAUGUUUCACUAACCCCACCCUUGCGUGUCUUACAUGGCACCUGCCCCAGGGCAGCUGCAGCCUCCAGCAUCACAGUGUACUUGGUGCUGUCCCUAGGCUCUGCUGGCCACUUAAGCAGCUGCGGAGAUGAAAACAGAGGCUGCAAUGAUUGGCACAGCCUGGGCAGCUUUUCUCCAUCUGGGGACAGCCCUGCUGCAAGAACAUUGCACACCAGCUCCUCACAUGGGUCCCUGACCGCCCCCCGCCGCCCAGGGACCAUAGACCACAGUGAUUAAUGUCUUUCCCUACUUAAUUAGGCAAUACUCUUGUUAACUGCCCUUGGGCAACUAACUUAACCAUGUGCUUCCAAGAUACUAAAUCAGGAAAACUUAAAGGGCAAUAUGUUUAACUUUGGGCUGGGGAAGGGAGCAGCAGAGAAUUGACUAGAUUUAGCACCUAUUAAAGGAGAAAUUCUUAACUUCUUCCUAGAUCUUUCAAGCCAUGCUUUGUGUGUGUGCCAGUGGACUUGCUCAGGGACAGGGUUUAGGCUUGCCCUGGAUGUCUGCCCAGGCUGAAUGUUCUUCACUAGGAUUGGGUUUUGAGUGCACAGUAUAGCCCUGAGGACUGAACAUUCUUCCAUUCCCCGCUACCUGUUGGGUUGGCUCUUUGUUGAAUUGUUAAAAUCGCUACUUACUUGCUUCCUUUUAGGUUGCUGUUGUACCUGGAUCCAGGACUAGUGAUGUUUUCAGAUUUGUAGGCUUAAAAAAAAAGGAAAACAAUUUUAUUACCAAGCUCUCCUUCUCACCCCUUUUUUCCGGUUUUGCCAAGUCAUUUGCUGGCGUGAAGCUUUUGACUAAACCAGUUGAAGACACACUUACAGUCUGGAUGAUGCUUUGGGUGGUACAUUAAGUUCAUAUUUUAAAUUAAAGGAAGUUUUUCAUUUGACAUUUUUCCAAAUUAAAUAAAUUAUAGAAUUUAAUGAGGGUGGAUUUUUGGGUGGACGUGCAGUAAUGGAAAGCUGCGGUAAUUAGUUUUAAUACAGCCUGAAUAUUUGCUAUACAGAAAUAUAGCAAGUUUUCAGUCUAAGUGUACCUACUGUACUGGCCACAGUUUCUCCCAAUAAUUGUGAUUGGGACAUUUUUCCAUUGGUAGCUGCCAUUUUGCUGGUAGUUCCCCUUGUGACUAGAAUGUCAGUAAAAAGUAAAUGUGCCAAAUUAACUUUCGUCAGAAUGCAUGAGCAGGGAUGGCAAAGUUCUCUUCUCACCAGAAUGGACUAACAGCAGCAGGGAAGGUGGGGGAGGGAGUGGAUGGAGAAUUUUAGAGACUUUGAAACCGCCGUAAAAUUAAAUGAGUCAGGGAGCAUCAGUAGCAUCAGUUAGAAAAUAAAAUCAGGACAGUUUUUGUGAAGAGAGUUAAUAUUUGUUAGGGCCAGAGAGUACUAGUCUUUUAGGAAAAGCUCAUUAAAUUUGCAUGGUUUUAAAAUUUCAGAUAA